GGACAUUCAGUGAGUGCUGUCUCUAUGCACGAUAACGUCUUCGCUGCUUUCCUGGGCAGUACCAUUGUCCGACUAUGAUUCUGACGAUCGCUAUAACAUUGGUUCUAAAGUUGUAUGUUUCGCUGGCAACACUAUGUUCAGAAAGUAAUUUCUCGUGGAUAUACAUGGCAACCUACGAUGGAAUCAUUAACUAUGAGAACAUCCUCAAAGAAUUUAGCGGGGUUCCGCGUGCAGAGUGCGCUGCCAACUGCGGAUCGCACCCAGCCUGCUGGUCUUUCUACUACAACCAAGGAAGUUCGUUUUGUCAGAUUCAUUCUACGAUAUUUCUGGAACCGACUGGGAAUGUCAGUGACGGAACAACCUACUUUAGGAAACCCACAGAAUGCUCUGUUGGUCCUACUAUUGAACACAGCGUCAAGUUGUUCGACGCUACGAAGGAACCUUAUAGUGUCGGCGAGGUUGUUACCUAUGACUGCAACACAGGACGGAUACCAGACACAGAGAAUGAUGUCAGCUGUCUCAUCAGUGGAAACUGGUCAACAAUGACUUGCAAACGUCCCUCGUCGUGUGCCGAGGUGAAACGCUGUGAGAGUGGUCACGGAGAUGGGGAGUACUGGCUUUACCCUCCAACAUUUAAUGGCCAAAAGGCCAGGAUUUACUGCCAUGGGAUGUCUAGUCCCUCCCCGUCAGAGUACGUGACACUCGUGAUUCCCAACAGUGGACACUAUCCGAACCUUAAGAGAGAUAACUGUGGAUCAACAGGGACGUGGCCACAACACGGCGGUGAUACAACGUUUACCAAAAUAAAGGUCAACACUGACACAAUGGAGAUUUUGUCUGGUGAUCAUCAGUUCGCAACGUCAACGAAGAACCUGUACCCGUAUGGGGAAGGACACGAUUGUUACACUAACCACGGGUCCACCAACAAUUGUGGACCUCUUGGGACCUUCAUUAUCGAUACCACAGGCACGGGAAUGAGAAUUGAUCAGGAGGUUAACUGGACUGGUAGUGGAUGGAUGCCAUGGACGAUCUUCAGUCGCUCCAACGAUGGACUUAUCAUAAACCUGAACUGUGGCGGUUUCUGCGGCGGGUGUAAACCCGACAGGCCAUUGGUUCUACAGCCAUAUCCAUCCCAAGAGCCUAACAUCGCCAUGGCCACCAGUUUGACUUGUACUUAAACUAGGAUUUUGCUGUUUCCAAUACGCCAUGACAACGGAUGCUUACAAUAACACAACAUGGCUUUAGUACAGUGGCUGAGAAAAGGUAUCGAUUUCUCGCCUUAAAAACGCGGUCGCAUUAGCACGUGUAACGUUACGUAGGAAUUACUCUGGGUCCUCAUGAUCCCCAAGUUUAGAAAUGAAGUAUACACAGUGUGUAUAGUGACGCAAAAUGCAUGUUGUAUUUGUAACAGCCACACAAACACUAACCAUGCAUAAUUAUUUGUUUACGUGUACAUGUAUUGCAAGGAGGAAUAUGUACAAUAGUGUUUUGCAUAAAUCAAUGAAACGAAGUCAUCAA